AUGGCUGCAGUUUCACCGAAAACAAUAGAAAAUGAUGGAAAUUUCGAAACAUAUUGUUUAAUUUGGCUUGAUGCCUCUGUGAACAGUUCAAAGGAAAAUUGUCAAAUUCAAGAACAACUACAAGCAAUAAUUAAUCAUUUAUUAACAUUUGAAGAUGAUCAACAAUGUCUUCAUUAUAUUAAAAAUCGUUCUGAAGACGAUCGAAUUAUUUUAAUUGUUAGUGGAAGAUCAGGCCGAAAUAUUGUACCUCAAAUAGUUAAUCUACAACAGAUAACUUCAAUCUUUGUUUAUUGUUUUGAUAAAAAAGCUAAUGAACAAUGGUCAAAACAGUUUACCAAAGUUAAAGGUGUAAUAGUUCGAUUCGAUGAACUUAUUCAACAAAUUGAAAAAGAUUAUACUCAACAACAACAUGAUAAAAUUGAUGAACCAUUAUUAAUCAAAGUUUUUGAUGAAAAAAAUAUAUCUAAUGAUUUACAUGACCAAUUUAUUCAUGCUCAAUUAUUAAUAGAUUGUCUUAUUCGAAUGACAUCAUCAUCGAACGAUAAAAAUGAACUUAUUUCUUUAUGUCAACAAUAUUAUAAAAAGAAUAACACUCAAUUAAUGAUUGUUAAAGAAUUUGAAAAUAAUUAUUCGUCUGAAAAAGCAUUAUGGUGGUAUACGAGACAUUCAUUUAUAUCUCGAUUAAUAAAUAAAGCAUUUCUAGAUCAAAAUAUCGAUUUAUUGUUUUUAUUUCGAUUUUUUAUUCAUGAUAUUGGAUGUCAAUUAGGCAAAGAAAGAUGUUUAUCAAAAGUUUGUGUUUAUCGAAGUCAAUUAAUGUCGAAAAAAAAUCUUGAAAUGUUAUUAAGUUCAGUUGGCAAAUUGAUUUCAAUUAGCUCAUUUCUAUCGGCAAGUAUGAAUUAUGACAAAACUCGAUCGUCUCUCGAUUAUGCUAAAUCAUUAAACGGUAUUGAAAGAGUUUUCUUUCAAAUUCAAGCAAAUCCUCAAAUACACAAUAUCAAACCAUUCAGCAAUAUUCAAUUACAAGAUUAUUUUCAAAAGACAACCGAAGUACUUUUUAUGGUUGGAUCAAUUUUUCGUAUUGAACGAGUUGAAUGUCCUGCUGAUCAAAUUUGGAAUAUUCGAAUGACUUUAUGUUCAGUAAAUGAUAAAGAAUUAAGACCUUUGUUUGAACAUAUGAAGAGAGAUUUAGGUAUUGGAAAAACAACUCUUAUUCAAUUUAGUAAUAUUCUUCGUCAAAUGGGAAAAUUAAAUCAGGCCGAAAAAUAUUAUCGUCGUUAUCUUAAUCAAUUACCGAAUGGUCAUCCAGAUAUUGCUAACUGUUAUCAGGCAUUUGGAAAGAUAGCAGAAUCAAAAAAAGAUUUUAAAUUAAGUCUUAAAUGGUGCAAGAGAUCAUUGAAAAUCUUUUCAAAAACACUAAAACCCGAUGAUCCGAAUCUUGCUGAGGUAUAUAAUAACAUGGCAAAUGCUUAUUCAAAAACGAAUGAUUAUACAAAUGCAAUAGACUCAUAUCUGAAAGUAUUGGAGAUUUGGAAGAAAAUUUAUGGUGAUAAACAUUCUCAUGUAGCUCAAUGUUUGAAUAACAUAGGUGUAGUCUAUGAAAUGAAGAAGGAAUAUUCUCAAGCUCUCGAACAUUAUCAACAAGCAUUGAAGAUUUUCAAGAAAACUCCUUCUUCUUGUCAUAUUGAUAUUGCUAUGGCCAACAGAAAUAUAGCUUAUGUGUAUGAAUCAACGGGAGAUUUUAAACAAGCAUUAGUUUUUUAUGAAAAAGCCAUGAAAAUCUAUCGUUAUUUAUUACCAUCAACUCAGAUUUAUGUUAAUGAAAUUGACAAAAGUAUGCGACGAAUUUCAUCUAAAUGA